CAUCCGAACGAGACAGCUUGGCCUGAGAGAAGUCGAAGAUAGAACAUCGUUUAUAAAUUUGAUGUAUAUUGUCACCUUUUGAAGGACUUUUUAAGUUUUUAACAAACAAUGGCUAAGCAGCUUUCUGGGGUGCUGAAAAUGUACAUUGCAGCCGGAAAGGCGGCACCUUCACCGCCACUUGGGCCUGCAUUAGGACAGAGAGGAGUAAACAUUAUGCAAUUUUGUAAAGACUUCAAUGAAAAGACUAAAGAUAUCAAGCCAGGGAUUCCCAUACCAACAAAAAUAAUAUACAAGGAUAGAAACUACACAUUUGAAACUUCAACACCACCAACAAGCUAUUUUCUGAAGAAGGCUGCAAAUAUUGAAAAGGGUGCUGGUAAGCCAGGAAAAGAAGUUGCUGGAGAAGUCACAUUAAAGCACAUAUAUGAAAUUGCUUGUGUCAAGAAAAAGGACAAUGCCAUGAAAAAUUUUCCUUUAGAGGCAGUGUGUAGAAUAAUAAUUGGAUCUGCAAGAAGUAUAGGAAUUAAAGUUGUUCCAGGAAGAACAGAAAAUUGACCCGUACAAAGGAAAAUAUUUUUUUAUUGUUAUGUUUGGAGUAUAAGUUUUAGGUGUGAAUAAAACCAAGGUGCAAAA